GAUGGCGGAGGAGGGGACCAUCCGCGUGGUCCGCUGUGGCGGCAGCGAGCUCAACCUCCGGAGAGCCGAGUUCUCCGCGGAUUCCAAGUAUAUUUUCUAUGUCUCUGGAGACUUUGUUAAAGUUCAUAGCACGGCUACAGAAGAAUGUGUACAUGUAUUGCAAGGGCACAGAAAUCUGGUGACUGGAAUCCAACUCAACCCCAACAAUCAUCUACAGUUGUAUUCUUGUUCCUUUGAUGGCACCAUUAAACUGUGGGACUAUAUAGAUGGCAUUUUAAUAAAGACUUUCAUAGUAGGGCAUAAACUUCAUGCCCUCUUUACUCUAGCCUGUGCUGAGGACUCUGUCUUCGUUAUAAUAAACAAAGAAAAACCAGAUGUAUUUCAGCUGGUUUCAGUGAAACUGUCAAAAUCAUCAAGUCAGGAAAUAGAAGCUAAGGAGAUCUCCUUUGUUUUGGAUUAUAUAAACCAGUCACCCAAGUGCAUUGCCUUUGGAAAUGAGGGAGAAUAUGUUGCUGCAGUACGGGACUUUUACUUGUCUGUCUAUUUUUUCAAAAGGAAAACAACAUCAAGGUUUACAUUAUCAUCAUCAAGAAAUAAGAAACAUGCCAAGAACAAUUUUACAUGUGUAGCAUGUCAUCCAAAGGAAGAUUGCAUAGCAACUGGUCACAAGGAUGGCAAAAUUCGUCUUUGGAGGAAUUUUGAUGAUGAUAAGAAAUACACAUACACAUGUUUACAUUGGCACCAUGAUAUGGUCAUGGAUUUGGCUUUUUCAGUGACAGGCACCAGUCUGCUGAGUGGUGGUCAGGAAUCUGUCCUAGUAGAGUGGCGCGAUGCAACAGAGAAGAAUAAGGAGUUCCUCCCCCGUUUGGGAGCUACUAUUGAACAUAUCUCGGUCUCACCAGCUGGGGAUUUGUUCUGUACUUCUCACUCUGAUAAUAAGAUAAUAGUGAUUCACCGAAACCUAGAGGCAUCCGCAGUAAUUCAAGGCCUAGUGAAAGACAGCAAUAUCUAUACUGGUUUGAUGAUUGAUCCCAGAAGUAAAGCUUUGGUUUUGAAUGGAAAACCUGGCCAUUUGCAGUUUUAUUCUCUGCAACAUGAUAAGCAGUUAUAUAAUUUAGAUAUUAUACAACAAGAAUAUAUCAAUGAUUAUGGUCUGAUCCAAAUUGAGCUGACAAAGGCUGCAUUUGACUGCUAUGGUAACUGGCUUGCAACGGUGGAACAACGUCAGGAAAAGGAAACAGAGCUUGAAUUGCAGAUGAAACUGUGGAUGUAUAAUAAGAAAACACAAGGGUUUGUUCUUAAUACAAAGGUUAACAUGCCACAUGAAGACCACAUCACAGCUCUCUGUUUCUGUAAUGCAGAAAAAUUUGAAAGCCCCACUUUGGUUACAGCUAGUAAAGAUGGUCACUUCAAAGUGUGGAUGUUAACAGAUGAUUCUGAUAUAUACAAAAAAGCAGUUGGCUGGACCUGUGACUUUGUGGGUAGUUAUCAUAAAUACCAAGCAACUAACUGUUGUUUCUCUGAAGAUGGCUCUCUACUGGCAGUUAGUUUUGAGGAAAUAGUUACAAUAUGGGAUUCAGAGACAUGGGAACUUAAAUGUACAUUUUGUCAACGAGCUGGGAGUAUAAGGUACCUUUGCUUUGGAAGAUUGACUUGUUCCAAGUAUCUUCUUGGUGCUACUAAAAGUGACAUUCUUUGCUGUUGGAAUCUGCUCAGUUGUGCAUUGGAAUGGAGUACAAAAUUAAAUGUUAGAGUUCUAGAACCUGAUCCUAAUUCAGAGAAUAUUGCUGCAAUCUCUCAGUCUUCGAUGGGUUCAGACUUGUUUGUAUUUAAACCUAGUGAGCCAAGACCAUUGUAUAUUCAAAAGAAUAUCUCCAAAGAGGACGUCCAGUGGGGAGUAUUUGUUCCACGAGAUGUACCUGAAUCAUUCACCUCAGAAGCUUACCAGUGGCUGAACAGAUCCCAGUUUUACUUCCUAACAAAGUCACAGAGUUUAUUGACAUUCAGUACGAAGACUCCAGAAGAGAAACUCACACCAACAAGCAAACAGCUGCUAGCAGAAGAAAGUCUUCCAACGACACCAUUUUAUUUCAUACUGGGAAAACACAGGGAACAGCAGGAUGAAAAAAUAAAUGAAGCUUUGGAGAGUGAACUAAUACAACUACCCUUAACAGAAAACAUACCUGCAAUUAAUGAGCUUCUUCAUACUCCAGCUCAUGUUUUGCCAUCUGCUUCUUUCCUUUGCUCCAAGUUUGUUAAUUCAUUGCUGCUGUCUAAGGAGACAAAGAGUGGUAAAGAAAUCCCAGAAGAUGUAGAUAUGGAAGGAAAAGAAAGUAAUGAUUCAGAUGAAGAAAAUGAUUUUACUGAAAAGAUAGAAGAUACAAACAGCACAGAUUUGGGAGAAGACCUUAUACAUCAGUUGUCAAAAUCUGAAGAAAAAGAACUAAGAAAAUUCAGGAAAGUAGACUACAGCUGGAUAACUGUUCUCUGAGCAUUGGAGAUAGAGGAAGAUUCUUGCACUUUGUGAUUUUUUUUUAUUAUAUGUUGAUAUUUCAAAAACAUCUACUUUAUUUAAUGUUAUUUCUCUUAAAAUAUCAAAUAUGAACAGGCUUUACUUUUUAAAUACAAAUCUGUGUUUGUAUCAUG